GAGAAUUCGAAGGGGAGCUUACGGAAUCGGAAAUUCUUGAGUUAGUAGCACACCAUCCGGUGGUUGCUACUGUAGAUUUUGAUGAAGAAUUCUCAACAUACAAGGGACAGGGCGUGAUGUACGAAGCGUAUCACUCACCCGAGAAGAAGAAGGUCCCCAAAAAGGGAAAGGGCAAACAAGAGAAACAGCUACGCAACUCUCCAUUGCAUGCCAUUCUGAUAGUUGGAUAUGGCACGACUGAAGAAGGAAUUCAUUAUUGGCUAGUGAAGAAUUCCUAUGGAAGCACGUGGGGCCAAAAAGGGUAUGGGAAAAUCAUACGACAAUCAAGUUCUCGAAAGCCAUACUCACGAUUGAAAGGCAUAUCCUUUGCAGAGGUUAUUGUUGAUGACAGGUAUAAAGAAGAGGGAGCUGCAUCCGAACUAAAAGAUUUCUGGGACCGUUGGUUCAAAGUUAAGGCUUAAGGCUAAGGGAAAUCUUAAAUACAACUUUGAGGCCAGGAAACACAAUUCCUUGGUAUAAUUUUUAGGAACAUUCAACAGUACCUUUGUAAUUUGGAAGACUAAGAUUUCUUCUACUUCUACCUACAAUUCCUUCGUAUAGUUUUUUGUCCGG